AUGUCGCCUUCUCUCCCCACAGAACUCCUGCACCACAUCGCCGAAUACAACCACGCCGACAGGGAUUUCCUCUUGAACUGCUCCCUUGUGCACAGUGCUUUCACCGCUUUAUGCCAGAAACACCUGUUCUCUGCCCCAGCGUUCAUACUGGUGUUUCAAUUCCCGAAAGGAAAGGAGCCUACGUUCUACUCGAGGUCUCAGUGGAAGGGCACAACGCAAUCGUUCGAGGAAGGGGCGACGUACGAGACUAGCCGUGCGCCGCCAAGCGACUUGGACGGGCAGGCGUUUGCGCUGGACAGAGGACCUCUGCAAAGCCUCAUGGAUGCACUGAAAGGGGAUAGCGGGGACCGCUUACGCUCACACAUCACCUCCUUCUCCAUCACACUCGCACCAGAGAUUCAACGCCCCAAGGCUGGUGGCAGCUACUACAUCAUCCCCCAGCCUGAGAUAUCCGAAGGAUCCACCGGCUUGGACUCAGUCCCAAACUACUUCAACACCGCGUUCAGCGCCCUCAUUCCCCUCCUCCAGCUCCUAACUUUCCUGCGAUCGUUCUCUAUCAGCAGUCGGUUUCAUGGGUUACUCCCGAUCGGGCAGGUGGACAUUACGUCCCUGUUCCAAGCUCUUUCUCCUAUGCCGCUGGAUAGUUUAUCGAUCAUUGAUGUGGACGGUAUCCUCCCUCUCCCGACCUUCUGCCGCUUGAAGCACCUACAUAUAGAAGAGGGAACCAUCAUCGUCGACAACGUUAACCUCCAACCUGCCGACUCCUCUUCGCAUGUAAACUCUGACCUUGACCCCGAGCAACCAGCCAACACGGCUCUUGAAUCCCUCUCCCUCAUCCUUGAGCGCACCUCUGGCAUGCGCCGUACCCCACCAAUCAUGUUCCGCAGUCUUCUUCUCCAAGGCUCAGUACUAGUGGGAAAUGUUAGGAUAGGGUCGACGAUCUCCCUCCCACACCUUCGAGAACUGCGGUACUUCAGUGUUCACCCGAGGGACUACGAAAUGGCUAGCCACAUCAUGCGCGUCGCUCAAGCCUCCUUCCGGUGCUUCGUGGUAGAUCUUUCAAGUCGGAUAUGCGUUCCUUCUAUCAUUGAGGAAGAGCUGAUUAGCAUCUCUUUUUCAACAGCAACGCCCGGAUUCAACAACUCCGCGACCUUCACACUCCCACCUUCCCUCCACUCUCUCAUCUUCGACAUCGACUUGACGCACACCGCCGAGGUCAAAACCACCCUCUCAAAGCGCCUAACGCACAUCACCAAAUGUCUAACUGAAUGGGACUUCAACGGUCUGCAAGAACUCGGAAUCCGCGUUCAGGAUCUCACCGACCUAUUGGAAUGGCCAAGGCUGAAGGAGAUGAUCGGGCUGCAAUUGGGAGGGUGGAUCAAGAGAGUUGGGGUGGAGGAAGCUAGAGACGGAGAGAAGGGCGACAUUGGGCUAUCUCCAGAAGCUUUUUACACCCCUCUCGAAGCUCGGGAUGCAAGUUAA